GCUCCGGGAGACAUGCAUCUACCCAUAUCCGGGUUAGAGAGGAAGGGAGAAAAAGUUUCAUUUAAACCAGGACAAAAACUUUAAAUGUGAAAUCAGACCUGAACAGCGCGCACUGUUGUUGGGCUUGUUCUUGCUUCCGAUCUGAAUUUUACGUUUGAUUACAGAUUUUGCUUGUUAAAUUAAACUAAGCUGUGCUGCCCUCGUUCCUUUUUUUUGUUAGCGAGCUAGCUAGCUAGCUAGCUUGCCUGGAAUAUUGCCUGAAAUGCUGACGUGAUCAUGGCCGCGCAAGUGGCACAAGCUCCAGCGACAACUAAAAACAAAAAAUCGAAUUUAUCUAACAGCUUGGGACAGGAUUUAAACUCUGGGAAACCGGGAGGAGGAACCGUACAUGGAUCCGGAGCAAUGCUCGGGGCUGGAGACGGGACUGGCGUUAACGCUAUGAAUAAUGUAGAUCGCCACCACCAGCUGAAUAUGGCCAACAUAGCGCGAGCUCCUUCGGCUGGGAACAGUUCGGAUGCGCGAGACAAGGUGGAGGGGAGUAAGUCUGCACCUUUAUCCUCCGCGAACGCGGGCAUGUCUCUGGGCAUGGAGACGGGUUUGAUAGCGAAUCAUAAACUGAAAAAUGCUGGCGGCGGAGAUCCCCCUCCUUCGUCUCACCAUCAUCACCCAGCGCCGCAGCAGCAGCAACAGCAACCGUUCAAUCAAUUUCAACAGCAUCAUCAACGUCAAAUUCAAAAUAACAUCAACAACGCGCAGCAAUCGGCACAGGGAGAGGCUGCGAGUCGGCAGCAUGGAGGUAAAGAGAACAUUCUGGGAAACCAGUACGAGCGCCAUCAGCCAUUGCUAAAUAAAAGUGAGGAGGAGGACCAUCUUUGCAAAACGGGGGACCGGAUGAGCGGUAGGUACGACCCCGCCAGCGUGGGACCAACGAACAACAACAUCAUUAACCAGGGCCUGGGUGCAGGGGGAAACGGCACUGUUUCUGAGUUUAAUAGUUAUUAUGGCAAUGCCAGAGGAGGGCCUUGCUUUGAUCAACAUGGCGGACAACAAAGCGCUGGGAUGGGAAUAAUGCAUUCUUCGGGACCCAACAAUAUGGAUCCGGUGCAAAACUCAAACGAAGGGUACCACAACAGCCAGUACAACCUCUACCCGAACUACAGGCCCGGCUACGGCGGCGCGGGGUACGGUAUGAUGAGUCCUUCGAGGCAGGGCAGCAGCACGCUGUCGGGCCCAGGCGGUAGCAGUGGUUCCGCCAGCCUCAGCAAAGCCGCGAUGGCUGCAGCCUCAGCCGCGGGUAGCGGCAACGUUGGGGGGUUCCAGAGGUUUCCAGGCCAGAGCCAGCAUCCUUCGGGGGCUACCCCGACUUUAAACCAGCUACUGACGUCUCCGAGUCCCAUGAUGCGAGGUUAUGGCAGCGGCUACCCAGAUUACAAUAAUCCAUCAGCUCAACAACAACAAGCGAGCAUGGGGAUGGGGAAAGACGCGACCUCCCAGUAUGGAUCUGCGGCUCACGCCUGGGGAGCACAACAAAGAAAUCACCCGGCUAUGAGUCCUGGAAAUAACGGACAAGCUAUCAACAGACCUCAGGUGGUCGCCAUGGACGCCAUGACCAUGAAGCGCUCCCAGCUCUACAGCAUGGGCAACAGCCCCUACUCACAGCAGCAGCAGGGCGGGGCUUACCCCGGCCAGCCAUACGGAUCGCCUGCUGCGCAUCGGUAUCCAAUCAGCAUGCAGGGGCGGGGACAGGCGGGCAUGGCAGGGAUGCAGUACCCUCAGCAGCAGCAGAUGCCCGCCCAGUACGGCCAGCAGGGCGUCGGGGGGUACAGCCAGCAGGGCCAGCCGCCGUACUUCAGCCAGGCCCCCCAGCAGCCGGCCGCCCCCACCCAGACCCCCUACAUACAGCCCCGCGCCCCGCCCCAGCAGGAGCUUCCUCAGGAAAGCUAUGGCAGCAGAAACCAGGUGGCCAUGACCCCCGGGAAGCCCAACCACGAGGAGCUGGGCCUGGUCCAGCAGGAGAGACCCUCCAGCCUUCCUGACCUGUCGGGCUCCAUCGAUGACCUGCCGACGGGGACGGAGGCGGGGCUGGGCUCGGCCGUCAGCGCGUCGGGCUCCACCAGCAGCCAGGGCGAGCAGAGCAACCCCGCCCAGUCGCCCUUCUCGCCCCACGCCUCCCCGCACCUCUCCGGCAUGCGCAGCGGGCCCUCCCCCUCGCCCGUCGGCUCCCCUGUCGGCUCCAACCACUCCCGAUCCGGCCCCAUCUCGCCCGCCAGCGUGCCAGGGACGCACAUGGCCCCUCAGACCCCUGGGAACGUUUCGGACGUGGGAUCCCACUCCACCCUGAGCCAGUCGCCUAUGUCCCAGGAGAGGGGGUUUGUACCCAGCAUGCAGCGGAGCGGCACCGUGCCCCCCUUCGGCCCCCAGCAGCCCGGGCCCCCCAUGUCACCACACCCCUCUCCGGGGGGCGCGAUGCACCAUGGGGGGGGCCCCUACCCACAAGGAGGGUCCAGUGGCUCCACCUACGGCCCCCAGGGCAGUCAGUACGGCCCCCAGGGGGGUCAGUACGGUCCACAAGCAGGACAGUACGGUCCCCAAGGAGGCCAGUACGGUCCCCAGGGCGGUCAGUACUGUCCCCAGGGCGGUCAGUACGGUCCCCAGGGCGGUCAGUACGGUCCCCAGGGCGGUCAGUACGGUCCCCAAGGUAGCUACCCCCGGCCUCCCAGCUACGGAGGCGCCCCCAGCAGUGGCUACAGCGGCCCGGGGCCCGGCCUGGGCAGCAGCCUGGGCGUGAAUGCCAGCAGCCCCAUGCAGGGCCAGGGUCCCGGCCAGCCCGGCGGCCCCGUCCCGGCGGGGAGACCCCCGGCCACGGGCGUGGGCGGGCGCCCCUACCCCGGCAGCGCCAGCGGCGUGGCCCCCAGCUCUCCCAGCAUGCCGCAGCCCGCCGGCCCCGGCAUGGGGCCCCCUCCACCCAACAGCAGCCGCAAGGCCCCGGAGCCGGGGGCGGGGCUGAUGCAGCCAGCGGGGAGCUCCGUCCAGGGCAGGCAGGGCAGUUACCCGGCUGGGAGCCAUAUGGGCGGGAUGGGGUCCAGCGCCCCCUACAGCCAGCCGACGGGGAACAGCUCCGGGAGAAUGACGCCCCAGGCCCCGCCCUACAGCACCCCGCCCUCAGGACCGGGAGGGAUGGCGGGUGAUGGGGCGAUGGCCAGUGACCCAAAGCAGAAGCCCGAAAAUAAAGCGGAGGGGAGCGUUCCGUCCACAGAGCCCCCCAAAUCGAGGGACAGCUACAGCUCGGCCUGUGUGUCCCAGCCUCCCACCCCCUGCGCCCUCUCCCCCAGCCCCGCCAGCCUGUCCUCCUACCACGGGGACGAGAGCGACAGCAUCAGCAGCCCGGCCUGGCCCAAGACCCCGUCCAGCCCUAAGCACAGCUCGUCCACCAUGACCAGCGAGAAGAUCACCAGGCUGUACGAGAUGGGCGGGGAGCCGGAGAGGAGGGUGUGGGUGGACCGCUACCUGUCCUUCAUGGAGGAGAGGGGCACACCUGUGCCCAACCUGCCAGCCGUGGGGAAGAAGCCUCUGGACCUCUGCCGGCUCUAUAUGUGCGUCAAGGAGAUCGGCGGCCUGGCCAUGGUGAAUAAGAAUAAGAAGUGGAGGGAGCUGUCCACUCACCUGAACGUGGGCACCUCCAGCAGCUCCGCCAGCUCGCUUAAGAAGCAGUACAUUCAGUACCUGUUCGCCUUCGAGUGCCAGGUGGAGCGGGGCGAGGAGCCCCCGCCCGAAAUCUUCGCCACCGGAGAAGGCAAGAAGCAGCAGCAGGCCAAGGUCCAGCCGCCAUCUCCUGCAAAUUCAGGGUCGCUGCAGGGCCCCCAGACGCCCCAGUCCACAGGCAGCAGCUCGAUGACGGAGAUGCCAGGAGACCUGAAGCCUCCCACCCCUGCCUCCACCCCCCACGGACAGAUGCCCCCCCAGCAGGGCAGCAGCAGGAAUAACUCCAUCAGCGUGCAGGACCCCUUCUCAGAGGUCAGUGACCCUGCCUUCCAAAAGCGGGGCUCCCUCACCCCUGGCACCCCCUACCAGCAGGGCGGGAAUGCCCCCGACGCCCUGAUGAGGAUGCAGUACGAGGCCAGCGCGCGGAAAGCAGGUGGAGGUGAGCCCUUCAUGCCGGGACAGGUGCCCAGCGGAGGCAUGCAGGACAUCUACGGCAGAGGCGGCCCCUCUGGCCCCAUGGCUGUUUUGGGAAUGGGACAGCGCCCGCAGUACCCCUACGGCCCCGGGUACGACAGGAGCAGACCAGACCAUGUGAUGGGGCCAGAGGGUGGCAUGGCUCCCCCCGCCAAUCAGAACAACAUGGUGCCUUCCAACAGCGACCCCAGCAUGUACUCCCCGAACAGAUACCCCUCCCAGCAGAGGCACGAUGGUUACAGCCAGCAGUACCCCCACAGCAUGCCAUACGGGGGACCCCAGCCAGGGAUGUUCCCCCAGCAGCAGGGCUACAAGCGGCCCAUGGACGGGAUGUACGGCCCCCCCGCCAAGAGGCACGAGGGAGAGGUGUAUGGCAUGCAGUACGGGGGUCAGCAGGAGCUGUACCCCCAGUACAGCGGGGGGUACAUGGGUCCCGAGCGCCGGCCCAUGCAGGGGUCCUUCCCCUACGGCUACGGGCGCGAGCGCGUGCAGGCACCGGGACAGACGGCCCCUCAGCACGGCAUGCCCCCCCUGCAGCCCCCCGCCUCCUCCAGCACCGCCGAGGGGCCUCAGCCCAACAUGUGGCCCUCCAGGACAGACAUGCCCUACCCCUACCCCAACCGGCAGGGCCAGGGGCCGCCCUACCCCGCCAUGGGCAGGGGGGAGGACGUGGAGGGCCGGCCCAGCCAGGACGGGCCGUGGCCCCGCCACCCCAGCCAGCGCCAGUCCCCCUUCCUGCCCUCCACCCCCUCCUCUUCCUCCUCCUCCUCUUCGUCCUCCAGCUCCAUGCCCCCAAUGACGACCAGGCCGCCCCUGUCCUCCUAUCAGACACCUCCUGCCAUCCCUAACCACACCUCCCGGGCCCCCAGCCCCGCCUCCUUCCAGCGCUCCAUGGAGGCCCACAUGUCACCCAGCAAGGCGCACUUCAUGGCCUCCAUGAAGAUGGCCAAGGGGGGCAUGGCGAUGCCCAGCUCCCAGGGGGCUCCGCCCCCCCUCGGCCAGCCUGUCCUGCCCCACCACAGGGAGGUCAGCUUCCCCCCGGGGUCGGUGGAGGCCACCCAGCCCCUCCUGAAACAACGCCGCAAACUCACCUCCAAGGACACCGGAACACCAGAGGCGUGGCGUGUGAUGAUGUCACUCAAGUCAGGCCUGCUGGCAGAGAGCACCUGGGCCCUGGACACCAUCAACAUCCUUCUGUUUGAUGACAGCACUGUGAGCUCCUUCACCCUGUCCCAGCUGCCUGGAUUCCUGGAGCUGAUCGUGGAGUACUUCCGGAGGUGCCUGAUCGAGAUCUUCGGCAUCCUGGAGGAGUACGAGGUGGGCACUGAAGGCCAGAAGACCCUGCUGGGGCCCAUCGUCAGCCAGGAGGAGGAGCCUGCCAGCCCGGAGUGCGGCAGCGAAUCAGAGAUGGAGACGGAGCUGGGCGAGGAGAAACCAGAGGCGGGGCCAGAGGAGGCCCCGCCCAGUGCGGAGAAGGCGGAGCCAGAGGUGAGAAAGGAGGAGCCUGCACUCGAGGCCGCGGUAAAGGAGGAGUCAGAGGAGGGUGAGGAGGGCCCCGCCGAACAGCCUCCCAAAGAGCCGGAGCCACGGCCCAAACAGGCCAGCCGCUACGACCGGCUCCCGCUGAAGCUGCAGGACGAGGAGGAUGAGGCGGAGGGGGAGAGCCCCGCGGAGGCGCCGUCGGACCGGCCGGGCCCAGAGGAGUUCAGCAGCGGCCUGCUUCACUGGCAGGCCGGGGGCGGGGACUCCACCGCCCACAUCCAGACGCACUUCGAAAGCAAGAGUGAGCCGCUCGGAGGGAGGGCCGCUGAAGAGCGCCGGAGGCGGCCAGGAGGCGAGGAGGAGGACGAGGAGGAAGAGGAGGGGCGGCAGGCGGAGACCAACAUCACCGCCACCAUCGACGACGUGCUGUGCGCCCGGCGGGGGUCUCUAUCGGAGGGCAGCGCCUCUCCCGCGCGGGGCGGGGCCGGGGCCUUCCCCUUCCGCAGCCACCCGGCAGAGAGCCGGCACCCGGUCACCCUGCUGGAGGAUGAGCCGCGGGCGUGGGACGAGGCACCGCUGUCCACCGCCUCCGCCUGGCAGGACGCCCUCGCCCGGCGCUGCAUCUGCGUCUCCAACAUCGUGCGUGGCUUGUCCUUCGUGCCCGGCAACGACGCCGAGCUGUCCCGCCACCCGGGGCUGCUACUCAUCCUGGGCCGGCUGAUCCUGCUGCACCACGAGCACCCGCAGCGCAGGAAGGCGCCGCAGACGUACCAGCGGGAGGAGGAGCGGCGGGAGCGGGCCGCCGCCUGCAGCCGCGAUGAGUGGCGGUGGGACUGCCUGGCUGCGCUGCGCGAGAACACCAUGGUGACGCUGGCCAACAUGGCCGGCCAGCUGGACCUGUCGCUGUACCCCGAGAGCAUCUGCCUGCCCAUCCUGGACGGGCUGCUGCACUGGGUGGUGUGCCCGUCGGCGCAGGCCCAGGACCCGUUCCCUGGGGCGGGGCCGGGCUCCGCCCUCACGCCGCAGCGGCUGGUGCUGGAGUGCCUGUGCAAGCUGAGCGUGCAGGACGGCAACGUGGACCUGCUGCUGGCCACGCCCCCCUUCAUCCGGCAGGAGCGGCUGUUCGCCGUGCUGGUGCGGCAUGUGGGUGACCGCCGCAACCAGGUGUGCCGGGAGAUGGCGGUGGCCGCGCUGUCCAACAUGGCGCAGGGGGACGGGCUGGCGGCCCGGGCCAUCGCCCUGCAGAAGGGCAGCAUCGGCAGCCUGGUGGGCUUCCUGGAGGACAGCGUCGCCAUGGCGGUGGCGCAGUACCAGCAGGGCCAGCACGGCCUGCUGCACGCCGCGCCGUCCCACCCCGACCCCCCCAGCGUCAGCAUGAUGUGCCGGGCCGCCAGGGCGCUCCUGGCGCUGGCCCGUGUGGAGGAGAACCGGCCCGAGUUCGUUCUGUACGAGGGCCGGCUGCUGGACAUCGCCAUCUCCUCCGUGUUGAACUCGGCCGUGGCGGCCAUCAUGUGCGAAGUACUCUUUAAGCUGGGCCGCUCGUGACGGACGCUGGAG